AUAGUCCAUUGACUUGUUUUGAAGCGAUGGGUGUUUUGUUUGGAGAUGACGUUUAAGCUUGCUUGGCAACAUGGCGUUGUUGGAUAGCUUCUCUCUAGAGCUGUCCCGACUCAACGUCAUUGAUGACGUAAAUACGUCGACCAGCACAACAUCCCGUCGACGGUUAAUGAAGGGUUAAAAAAAUAUAUGCAUGUAAAGUUGAGAAUGUCGGACGCUCGGUACGAAAGCGGGGAAAGUGGCACAAAGCCAAAAAAGUGCACCAGAUUGGCCAAAACAUUGACUUAUUUCAACAAAACAAAGGAGGUUACACUGUUGUGUCCUGUCUCUUCAAUGCCAAGCUUGGCUGCACGCCUGCCGUGAAUGAACAACUAAAGCGCUGUCACCCAGUUGUAAUUUUGGAAGAUGACAGGAGACAACAAGCUGGCAGAUCGGAAGUCCAUCUAACUAACAACUAAGAGUGUGACAAUAUCUCGAUACAGCGAUAUAUCGCGAUAUGUUGCAACCCGAUGGGUUAUCGAUAUGCUCCCGCCAAGAAUCGAUACUUUUAUUUAACAUAUUGGCCAUACAAUGGAGUAUGGAUGCUGUAAACUGCUCAAUGUUUGUUGAGGUAAAGUGCGCACAAGUUGUCUAGAGAAGAAGCUCCAAGUGGGUUGAAAAAAUAAAAAAGCUCCGUGAGAACGGUGGAGGAAAAAAUGAGAAAAAUAUUGCUACAAAUCACACAUGGGGACACACUUUAGAUUUUACACCAACAAGAAAGGAAGUAAGGUGAACAAGGACUUUGCUGUAUGCAAGAAUUGUCUAAGAAAAAUAAGUUUCACUGGGAGCUGGUGACGUAGUGGACACUGGAGUUUGUGAGUUUCGCUUUCAUCACUUGAGGUUUGGUGAGGAAAGCAUGAGCCGUGUGCUAAGAUGGAUGGAAAAGGCUAAAAUUCCAGAAGAAGCUGCCAUUUUGGACAUUGGCACUGGAAAUGGUGCCUUUUUAGUGGAAUUGGCAAAACAUGGGUACAAGAAUUUAACAGGAAUAGAUUAUUCCCAGGCUUCUGUGGAACUGGCAAAAAGUGUUCUUCAGUCUGAGGGCUUAGCACAUGUCAGAGUUAAGGAGGUAGACUUUUGCAGCGGUGGACUGGAGGGUUACGACGUGUGUGUGGACAAGGGGACAUUUGAUGCUAUUAGCUUAAAUCCGGACAAUCGGAGCGAGGCGAAAAUGCUUUACGUACAAGCCUUAAAAGACUCCCUCAAGGAUCAAGGCCUCUUCUCCAUUACAUCUUGUAACUGGACUAAAGAACAACUGCUUGAGCGAUUUGGUGAAGGAUUUAAAUUUGUACAGGAGUUGCCAACGCCCAUGUUCCACUUUGGAGGAAAAACUGGAAAUAGUGUGACUGCAUUGAUAUUCAAGCGAGUACACUGAUGCAACAACUGUGGUUUGGCUACUUUUUGAAUGUAUAUCUGCAUAAUUUUUUAUAGUUUUGUUUUUAUUUUUAAAUCAAUUGACCACAUUCAAUUUGGUUACGGGAAACUUUAAGUGAUGAGUUGUGCAACAAACACAUAUUUUAGAAAAGGAAAUGACACGAAAUGAAACAUUAUAAUGCAACACUGCAAUACUCCUGUUUUCUACACUGGUAACAAUUACCACCCAAAUGUAUCCUUGAUCUGAGAAAAGAAGCCAAAUGUGAGCCAUUCCAUUGAAACCAGACACUUGUUCCAAAAACCUUCAGCCAACUUCCUUAUAGUGUGUUUUCAUGAGAGUUCCAAAACUGCAAAGAAAUCUGAAAACUGAAUAGAAUUGGCAAAGUGACUGCAUUUUCUCCUUGGAAGGUGGAAAAGCGCUAUAUAAGUAUAACACCAUUUACCAUUUACCAUUCAAAUUUGAGAUCACAAAAUCUCAGAAAAAAAAGCUGAGACAAGUUUGUCCUUAGCAACCAUGCUUUAUUCAAAGAAAGCAACUUUUGACCCUCAUUUUGAUAAAAUUAUGGGAAACUGGCACCACCACCCUACUUCCCAGGGUGUUGUAUUUAGCAGUUGAUAUUAGGGCUGAACGAUAAUAAAACUGACAUUGCGACUUUUUGGGGGUUUGCGAUAUCCAUUGCGAUAUUAAAACUAGAAGAAUUUCCCCCGGAUGACUUGAAUACCUCUGUUUGGGAAGACUUUCAGGUGGAUCACUAUGACGACAAUAUAUUCAUUAGAGAUGUCCCGAUCCGAUCCUAUGAUCGGAAAUUGGGUCGAUCGCGCCAUUUUUGAGAGGAUCGGAAUUGGGUGAAAAGGAUCAGAUUUUUUUUUUUUUUAAAUAUAUGUUUUUCUGCUCCAUGCUCGUUCAACCUCUCACCCUCCCUCCUGCUAAGCGGUGCGACCAAACUUUUUCUUGGUCACCAGCGUAGCUGGCGUUUGGUACAUAAAGUUAACAAUGAUUGACAAGUUUGUAACUUUGAUAUGGCUCGCGAUGCCUUGAUAGCUUUUCGAUCAAAGGCACGAAUGUGUUAAUCAUUGUUAAGCUUGGUACACAGUUUCAAGUGUGCUGUGGCAGCUCAUUCAUUGUGUAAGUGAGAGGCUGUUCUCGGCAGCGUGAGCGUCAAAACAACAACUUUUUUUCCCGGUAUCGGAUCAGGACUCAAAAUCAGGUGACUCUGACUCUGGUGCAAAAACAUGCGAUCGGGACAUCCCGAGUAUUCAUAUAAUACCGUUUAAUCCAGGCUAAGGGGGUUUAUCUGUGAAUGAUUAAGAUUGGUCUAUACAAAAGGGAUUCAGGUGGAAAUGUCUCUGAACAAUUGCUGCUUUUAUGAAGAAAAACAAAAGUUUCCAUAAAAUAAAAAUUAAAAAAAACUGUCGCAUCGCAGGACUAUUGUGCAUGCGCACAUGGCAAUGGCGAUGUUCAAACGAUAUAUUUCGCAGGCCUAGAUAAUAUUUGUAAAUGUGAUACAAACUGCUUGCAAAUAGAAAACUUUAGGGUAUUUUUCCCACCCAGCUGUUUUCUCCAUGCUCAUGAAGGGUAUGCUGAAAAAAAAACAUGUCCAAACACAACUUUAUGAUGCAGAAUUUGGAGUGAAAGUUUCUGAGAUGAGAGUUUGUGUAAAAUGAACUCCAAAAAAUAAAUUAACAUAGCCACUAUAGGGCGUCAUACUUUAUUUUGGUACACUAACAAGCAUCUGGUUUCGGUGCAACAGCUCACAAAAUGGGUUGAUUACAUCUCGAAAACUCAUGUUUGCUGCUUUCACUUCAAAACAGAACACUGCAUGACUCCUUCCCGGCUUAGUUCAAGUCAUUGUAUUUCUAUUGUCUUACGUGACAUUUAUCAUUAAUAACUGACUGUUGAUUUAUUAUACGACAUCGGCACGUA